AUGACAUCAUUACAAGUACAUAUUGAUAAAGUGGCAAAAAAUAAAGCUACAAUUAUUCUACCAUUAAGUAGUAUCUGUAUUUUUUGUAUACUACUUUUAUUAUUUACUUCGGCAAUUAUCUUAACUCUUAUUCCAAUGUAUUUAAUGAAAAAUAAUAUAGCAAAUUCUUUUUCAAUUGAAAAUAAAUAUCUUGUAUUAAAUCCACAAGAAAAUCUUCCGGCACUUGGUCAAACAUCAACAAUUGCAUGUAAUAGAAUAGCAAACAAGUUGAUUGAUGCAGCUAGUCUUCCUUCGAGUGUACUAAAACCACUUUCAUGUAGAAGUGCAGUGUUAGGAUCAAGUAGACGUCGACGAUCACGACCAAUGAAUCGUGCUAGUCAUCAAAUUCGAAAUGGAAAAAUGUUUAUGGAAGUGAUGAUGAAUUAUGAUAAUUGUUUAAUUUGUCGUUUACUAACAAAUUUAAAGAAAUUAAUUGGUCUAAAAUUUACAGUACAAUUCGAUUAUUAUGGUAAUCGUACAAUAACAUUUAUUGUAGAAAGUAUGAGUAAUAAUGGUAAUUUUUAUUAG